CUUUUUCCUUGACUUAGCUUACCAAUUUUAAAUAUGCAUGGUUUGACUAAUACAAGGGAUCCAUGGCUUGGUUUUUCAGAAUCACACAUGGCAUCAUCUCAAUCAUCAGAUUUAGUUAAUGAUGAUGUCAUAGAAUCACCAACUUGUUGGUGUGGUUUGAAAACACCAAUAAAGACGUCCUACACUAAGAAAAAUCCUGGAAGGAGAUUCUUUGCCUGCCCAAAAUAUAAUACGGGAGAUGCAAUGUGUGAAUUCUUUGUAUGGGCGGAUAUAUUUAAGUUGAUAGAGGAGAACAUUUUAUCAAGAGAGAAUAAGGCUCGGAAGACGUUGGAUGAUGUAUUAAAGCGCGAGUAUGCCGUUCGUAAAAGGGAAGAUAAAGUGAGAGAGAUGGCGAAGAAGUUGAAAAAGGAAAAGCGAAAGUUAUUGUGUUUGUAUUGGAUUUUCGCCUUUGUAAUAUUGUUAGCUUGGUUCGGAUAA